AUGCCCCGGGGAUCGAAAAAGCGCAAACGCACCGAAGCCGGCUGCUCCGAUGAUGAAAGCAUGGUGAAAGAUAUCUCUAAUGCAAGUACUGGUUUUGGGGUAGGGCAGACUCUAUCGCUUGUUCAAUUGUCUAAUUAUUCCCCGACAACGGGGGAAACAGACGCAGCUGCGCAGACAGAAGGAGACUCGACGAACAACCAGAAUGAUAUGCCGGCGACGAGGGCGUCCAAGAGGAAACGGGUAGACGGUGAGAAGACAAAGUAUCCUGUUCUUACAUAUGUCGAAGGCCGACUACAAUCCUCUAUUCGAAUUGCAGACCUGCAGAGUUUGCUACUUUACUGUUUCGCCGAUGGCAUCGCGCCGCAGUGGAUCUCUAUUAAGCACUCUGGUCAUGUCCGGAAAGUUGUCGUCUUGAUGGUUCCUGGUCUGGAAUUAGGCAUGUUCGAUGGGACAAUUCCUUUACAGAUACCUGAGACAAAUGAAUCAAGUCCGAGCCCUCAAGCGAGAGAAGAAAGUAAUGGGGAUAAUGAGGCCGGGGAGGAUGAGAAGCAUGCCGACUUUUUGCGAUGGAAACAGGGACUCCCUGCUGAGGAUAAGUCCCAUAGGUUCAACCCUCGUCCUUUGUCCCGCCACAGUCUACCGGAACCAUUGCAGCCGUUGGCAGAUAUGUUCCCUCAUGCCUGGCCAGUGAAAGCUCCUGGCGAUUCGAAAUACAAUAAAGUACAUUCUCCACUUCAGGCCAUUUUGCUGUCUGCUCUACCAAAGAGCAAAGAAAGCAAUAGCUCCAAAGGUCCGAGGCCUGCGAAAACGGACCAGAGCUUCGUCCCAAAACGAACUCCUGUUACCGCCUUCAUAAGUAGCCUCGAGGACCUUCGCGAAAAUGACUAUGUUCUCCAUCCCGCUCUUAUGACAACAGAAAAGGAGAAGACCGAGCUAGCAGAGAGUCGCAGGCGAGCCGGGCAGACCGCUGAGGACGGAUGGGUCGACACUCACGUUACCACCUUGGAAGACGGCAUCGUCCCAGAAGCGGAAAUCCAACAGGGGAGUAUGACAGCUGGUCGCGAUGUUUUGGCUAUGGACUGUGAAAUGUGCAUCACCGAAGGCGGGAAGUCGGAACUCACGCGUAUCAGCUUGGUCCGCUGGGACGGUGAAGUCGUGCUUGACGAGCUUGUGAAACCGCAGCUUCCUAUCAUUGAUUAUCUGACCCGGUUCUCUGGUAUCACCAAGGAGAAGCUUGAUCCCGUCACGACCAACCUCUCAGACAUCCAACAGAAGCUUCUCUCUAUUCUUACCCCGCGUACGAUUCUGGUUGGCCACUCACUCAACUCGGAUCUGACAGCUCUUAAGAUCGCCCAUCCUUUUAUUGUCGACACGACGUUUAUCUACCCUCAUCCACGCGGCCCGCCACUCAAAUGCAGCCUGAAAUGGCUUACCCAGAAGUAUCUGGGCAAGGAAAUCCAAAAGGGCCAGACGGGUCACGACUCCAUCGAAGACUCCAUAGCCGUACUUGAAUUGGUGAAGCAGAAGUGCGAAAAAGGCGAACGAUGGGGCACUAGUGAAUCCUCAAACGAGAGCAUCUUCAAGCGUCUAUCACGCUCUCCACGACCUGGCAAGUUGACCACCGACACUCGGGGCCGUACCGGCGCCGUCGUCGACUGGGGUAAUCCCGAACGCGGAUUCGGAUCACAGGCGACCGUGGCGAUCGGGUGCAGCAACGACGACGAUGUCGUGAAAGGUAUCUCAUGUGCAGUGAACGGCGACGACGACAAUGCAUCCAUUCCAGGCGGCGGAGUCGAUUUUACGUGGGCGCGGAUGCGAGAACUUGAAAUGCAUCGAGGCUGGUGUAAUCGGAUGCCGGACCCGAAUAAAGCCAACGAAUCCACGACGUUGAUUCCACCCCCGGAAGAAACCACCCCCACCGGACCAACUUCACCCUCGGAGACUUCGGCGACGGCUCUGAAGUCUCUCGCUGAUUUUGUAUCAAGCACAACCUCUAAUAUCCAUCGCGUCUAUGAAUCCCUUCCCCCGUGUACCUUGUUCAUCGUAUACUCUGGGACUGGGGACCCUCGUGAGGUCAGCCGUUUGCAGAGUAUGCAUAAGACCUUCCGCGAGGAGUAUCAGUCUCGGAAACCCUGGGAUGAGUUGAGUGUGAAGUGGACGGAUGCCGAGGAACAGGCCUUGAAGAAGGCCUGUGAGAGGGCCCGAGAGGGAUGCGGAUUUAUGUGUGUGAAAUAA